AGUUCUUGUACGGCGGGUCUUGCCACGUGUAAAAUUUUUACGAGUGUGGAAUCCAUUACGUGGCUUACUCUGAUACAUGAAGGCGCGUAUGUUUUCACCCACACGCGCUCUUUCUCUCUCACACUCACACUCACCCUCACUGUUCUUCUCUUUUUCUUUCUUCUCUGAAUUUUUCUCUUUCUUUUAUGGUUUGCUCUCAUGGCUUCUUCUUCCAAGUACUCAGAGGGGACCAGUUGUUCAGGUUUGAGUUCUUCUUCUUCGACUUCUACGUGUUCGUCUUCUUCUUCCUCGUUCAUGGCGGCGGAUCAGAUGGUCAAGGUUGAGAUUGAGGCGGCGGAGGCUCUUGCGGAUUUGGCGGUUUUGGCGGUGCGGGAGAGUGGAGGUGAGCCGUCGGAAGCGAAAUGGGAGAGUAAAUGGAAGGGGAAACGCGCCAGGAAGGAGGUUAAGACCGAGUCGCCGAUUUGUGGCUUUGUCGACUCCUUACCUAGUCGAGUGGAUUUGGACCUUAGGAUUCAGCAGGAAAGUGGAGUGGUAAGUCAUCAGCCAUCGGAAAAGGAAUGUACAAAUCAAUCCCACGCCAAAUGGGAAACGACCAGGAAGAUGUUAAAAGCAGAGAAGGAUGAGGCUAAGUCACUUAAAGUGAGUCCUAUAUGCACUACGAGCUACCCAUUAUCUGGCUGCAGGAGCUCAAGGCGUAAUCUAACUGAGGCUGAAAAGGAAGAAAGAAGAAUACGAAGGAUUUUAGCAAAUAGAGAGUCAGCCAGGAAAACAAUUCGGCGUAGGCAGGCUCUGUGCAAGGAACUAACCAAAAAAGCUGCUGAUCUAGCAUGGGAAAAUGAGAAUUUAAAGAGGGAAAAGGAGUUCGCCUUGAAAGAGUACCAAUCUCUGGAGAGUACUAACAAGGAAUUAAAGGAACAGAUGGCUCAAGCAGUAAAGCCCAAGGAGGAAGAAACUCCAGGAAACAAUAGAUCAUCUCAUGUUCAGAUGCCUCCUUUACCUACCAACUACCCUCUUUUCUUGUUUAGUCGCCCUCCUUGUGCGUCGUAUUUCUGGCCGUCUGUGGUUCAACCUUCAAGUCGUUAUCAUGAACUACACAACGUCGCUGUCGCCCCCUCGAGUAUUCAUUUUCCUGGGAAUAAUAAUGUUUGUGUGUCUGAUUAUUCCCAUGUACAAGAAAACUUAGAUGGCCUAAGAACACCCUUUUGUAUAGUGCCUUGUUCUUGGAUGUUGCCUCAUCAUGAUCAUAGGAAUCUACAGAGUCCUCAAGCCUCGUGUCUCACGGGAAAUAAUCAAGAGGAUGUUUAUUCAAAUUCCCAGAACAGUGCUAAUACUUCAAAUGUAGUUGUGUAUUCAGAAAGCAGACAUUCUUGCUUGCCUUCAGCUGAAGAAAAAACCGAAGUGCCUGACUUGAAUGAAGCUCCUCAGGAACAUACCCGGAACACAGUUGGAGCAGUUGAGGGUGUUGAUGUUGUUUCUCCUGCAAGACUUCUACAAAGGGCGGGGGCCAGCCAAAGAAGGUCAGUCGAACUCGGUUAGGACCCUCGAUCCGGUUCAGCAAAGUUCUUCCAUGUGAGAAUGUAUGCGGAUACCAGUAUCCUCUUCAGAACCGGUUGCUUCCUCAUUUUGUUUAUACGUUCGGAGAAACCUACUAAGUCUGCCUUUCUUGCCUAGUGUGAUUCAGUCGGACCUUUGAUCCAGUUCAGCUAGGUUCUUCCAUGCGAGAAUGUAUGCGUAUCGGUAUCCUCCUCAGGACCGGUUGCUUCCUCCUUGUUUAUAUGUUUGGAGAACCCUACUAAGCUUGCAUUUCUUA